AUGCUGCGUGGCUCUGCCCUGCGUUGGGGCACACUCGUGAAAAUUGGGCGAGGCUCGGGGAAUGUAACGGAGUCCGCCAGCAACGCCCUGCUCGAGUCCCUCCAAUCCCACGGCUACUGUUACAUCCAACACCCGUACAUUCAAAAGUCCAUUCUCGAGCAGCUCCAUCGCGACUGUCGGAUCUUUUUCGAGCAGUACAUCCUCCGUCUGCAGGAGGACCCCAUCGCGAGCUGCAACCUUCGACGGGGCAAUCGCCACAACUACAACUGCACUCCGCUCUCGGAGUACGAGCUCGAGAGCAUCCGAACGCCGUACGGGUUUCGAGGAUACUACCGAUACGUCGGCGCGAGCGGGUUGGACGACGCGAUCGACUGCUUUUCCGUCGGCCGGGAGGAUAUCGCGGAUCCGGCGGAGCUCCGACGGGCGUACUACGUCGAGAGUGGCUGGGAGGAGCAUGAGUACCUUCCCAUGAUCAGCCGCCGCAACCCAUGGGAUAUCCUGCUGAACCAUGUGAACGACACCGCGGGAAAUCCGAACGCUGCGAACCUCAACAACAACUUCAUGUCCGACUUUAAGGAUAUGCUCGGAGCCUUUUACGAGCUCUGCUCGGCCGUCAGCCUGGAUGUGCUGCGGCAUAUCAGCUGUGGGUUAGGGAUUCGGCCGUCCAUCCCGACCGGUGGGAUCGAUCCCAAUCAGGAUUACGACCUCGAAUACUUCACCCCUUUCCACGCCAAGCGGGAUUGCGACCUCCAGGCGAAGUACUACCCCCGCCUCGGGCAGGCCGCGCGGGUUCGACAGGGGGUGGCGAUCCAAAACCCCCAAUCGACGGCGAACCCAGGCGGGGUGAAGGUGCUCCGCCGAAAAGGCGCCCGAACCCAACCGUUAGUGGCGGGAAAUGGAGAGGAAGAAGGGGAGAAGGAGGGCGCGGCCGUCGUCUCACGGCUGGAUCCUCAUAAAGACCUCAGCACGAUCACCCUCCUCGCGCAGGACUCCAUGGGGGGGUUGGAGGUCUGGGAUGACACGAAGGACGGCUUCGUGGCCGUUCCUGUUCUCGAAGAUGCGCUGCUCGUCAACGCGGGGGUUUUCCUCGAGCGGUGGUCGGGUGGCCUCAUCGAGGCGACCCCGCAUCGCGUGCAGAACGUCGCGAAAGGGCGUGGGCGUUGCAGCAUCGUCUUCUUCGCGAUGCCGGAUCACGACGCCCGGAUCGAGCCGCUCCUCCAACAAGAUGAGAACCCCGCAACCGACGCGCAGGAUCAAUUUCUCGCCGGUGAUCUCAUGCCGACACACUGA